AUGGCGUUGCUAACUCUACUUAUUAAUGGUGUACUGAGUGGAUUGGGUGCUUUCAUAUGUUUCCGUAUUGUUAAAGAAUACAUGCCCAUAUUCAUUCAGAGGAAAAUGGUGGGCAAUGAUCAGUGCAAGGUCAGCAAUGAUCCGAUCCCCGAACCUAUGGGUGUUAUCUGUGCCGCGGUUUAUUUGAUCAUUCUCUUCAUUUUCAUACCUAUCCCUUUCUUGGAAUGGAUUGGCUUUGAAUCAUCGUUUCCACAUGCCAAGUUUCUUGCCUUUUUAUCAGCUUUAAUUUCUAUUUGUACUGCAAUUUUGUUAGGAUUCGCAGAUGACGUUUUAGAUCUUAGAUGGCGACAUAAGCUUCUCUUCCCAUCUCUAUCUUCACUACCGGUUUUAAUGGUGUAUUAUGUGCAAGGUAACUCAACCACUGUAGUGAUUCCUUCAAUAUUACGGAAUGUCCUCGAGCAAGUUGUUCCUCCUGCAUUUUAUGGCGAUAGCUUCCCAAACGCUAUUAACAUUUCUUUCCUUUACUACAUCUUCAUGGGAAUGGUUAUUGUGUUUUGCACUAAUGCCAUCAACAUUCUAGCAGGAAUUAACGGUUUGGAGAGUGGUCAAUCUCUAGUCAUAGCUGUUGGUGUUGCUUCAUUCAACAUCAUACAGAUCAUACGGUUUGACAUUGAUACUUGGCAUCAGUACUUGUCGCUUUACUUCUUAUUACCUUUCAUAGCUUGUAAUUCAGUUUUAUUCUAUUUCAAUAAGUACCCAGCUAAAGUCUUCGUGGGCGAUACUUUCUGCUAUUGGGCUGGAAUGACUUUAGCCGUUGUCUCUAUUUUGGGUCAUUUCAGUAAAACCUUCAUGCUGUUCCUUAUACCACAAAUUGUCAACUUUAUUUACUCUACGCCUCAGCUGUUUCAUUUGGUCCCAUGUCCUAGACAUCGACUUCCGAAAUUUUCUCCCAAAGAUAACAACCUGAAUAUGAGCCUUGCGGAAUUCAAGACAACAGACUUGAAGUUUUUAGGAAAAGUAGCUUUGAAAUUAUUCAAAACAGUGGGAUUCCUACAUAGGGAAGAAUUCGAGAAGGACGGAGAAAAAUGGACGAGAAUCAACAACUUAACUAUUAUCAAUUUGAUUUUAUAUUGGACGGGACCACAACAUGAGAGAACUCUCACUAACAUGCUUUUGGGUAUUCAAGUAUUAACAAUUGGGUUUGCUUUCUUCGUUAGGUUCUACUUAGCAAGCAUUUUUUACGAAGUAGUCAAUUGA